CAAGCAAUGGGAACCUCCCCAGAGAGGAGAGACAUCCUUUGUGAUUAUAUGGGCAGCAACCUUAAAGAAGAAAGGGUCUAAAUCAUCUGAUCCCAAUGUUUUUUGUAGUAGGGCAGGGGAAAAAUAGGGAGGAGCAUCAGGGCUUGUCGCAUUAGAAGGGGUGGGAGAUGAGGAAAUGUUGGAUGGGCAAGGAGGCAUGGCUGAGCCAAAUAGGAAUCCUGACUUAAUGAAGUGGUGAUUUUAAAGAGCUCAGCCAUGUCCUUCUUGUCAGUAACAACCACAUCAACUUUAAGGGACAUGGGCAGCUGUGAAGAGGAGUGUUUAUUCUCCAGAUCUUUAACCAUUUUCCAGAACUUCUUGGUGCUAGACCCACAGAGAGAGAACUGCUCCUUAAAGUAACUAACUUUUGCCUUCCGGAUAGCCUGAGUGCACAUAUUUCUCAUUUGCCUGGACGAGAGCCAGUCUGCCUGAGUAUGCAUGUGCCAAGCCUUUCAUCAAAUGCAAUUCUUGAGGUGGAGUAACUCUGCCAGACCACGAUCGAACCAGGGGCUGAACCUGUUUUUAAUUUAAAAUGUAUUUAUGGGGCGUGUUUGUUAACAAUAUCACUGAAGAUAUCAAGCUAAUUCUAUACCAAUUUACAAAGGUCAUGAAGGAAGGCUUGCUUAUGAAAGUUUCUUUAGCGAGUGUCUAUGACAAAUCAGGGCAGGACGUUUCACUGAGCAGCCAUUACACAAACAGGCUGUAAAACAGUGAUCACUAAGGUCAUUACAGAAAACACCAGACUAGUUAUACUCACAAAUAAUCAUGAUAGGUACAUCGAGGAGAGUAGCAUUUUCUGGGUGUUUGGAGUCACCUUGUGGGAUUGGUAAUAAUCUGAGAAAGAUUUAGGGAGUCCCAUUGCUUUAGGACAUGGUCAGGUAGUUUAAUUAAGCAUGUCCCAGUUUAGGUCACCUAGCAAGACAAAUUCAGACUUAGUGUGUGGGGCCAGGAGAGAGCUUAGGGCAGGUAGGGUACAGGCCGGUGCUGAUGAAGGAUGAUAACACCUCGCAACAGUCAACGAAGAGAUAAUGCUUAAAACCAGAAAAUAAAAUUGUUUGUGGACAGACUUGGUGGAGACAACCGAGCACUGAUGGUGAUCCUUGGUACCUUGAUUACCCUACCGUGGGACAGACUUUUUAGCCAACUAGAUAUUAGCCAGCCUAGCCAACAAUCACGGUUAUGGUCGGCAAGCCAGGGCCCAAUAACUGGAGACCAGCUAGAACACAACUAAAACAUAACCACAGAACACAAGCAAAGAGAGUGUAGAGACGUACAGAUUGUUGGUUGGGGCCCAUCCAAUAGUGAAAGAGGGCAGGCUGAGUUGGCUACCAAAGCCAGGGGAGGCAGGUGCUUCACCGGGCCGAGGGAGAGUCGGUGAGGGAAAUCCAAUAGCUAUAUAGUGAGAGAGAACCAAAAUAGAUAGAUUCCAGAUGUCAGUCAAAUAGGGCACUAGCACUAAGCCAAGGUGGGAAAGGUUACAUAACUCCCAUAGCCUACUUCAAAGAGAACAUGCCAAAAAGUUGACAAAACAAAAUGGAGAAAAGACAAGGUACUACAAAAUUAGCGCAAGAAGGCACAAGAGCCUGCCGUGCUAAUGAGUUCCCACUAGAUAACACAGCCACGAAGUCUGUGAAGCGCUUGAGCUAGCUACAGAGUUAGCAUAUGAACUCGGGAACACAGAGUAGAUUCUCCAUAUGGUGUAUAGUGCAAAUUCAUGCUUCCUACCCUUUUUAAGACUGUAAAAUCACCAGGAAAUCAGAUCAGUGAUUUUAAUUUAGGAAAUCUGUUCCCAAUGUAAGCAUGUUUGAAAUCAUUGUUUUUGUCAUACUAUAUCUGUUUGGGCUACUUGCAGUCAACUUGCAGUGUACAAAUGAUUUAUGAUGUUCCGACCCUCCGCUCAAGACCCCCGGUCUAGCCUCUAACCAUUUACUGUAGUAUAAAAAAUGUACUGUAGUAUAAAAAAAGGUAUGCUUCCUAGGCCAUCUCUAUUCAACCACUCCGCUAAAUGGCUCCAACAAGACAAAAGGUUAAACCAAAAAAUAAAUGGCGACCUCAUUACAGUUAUGCAACACUAAUCUCAUUAAAACUGGCAGCACACGUUUUCCUACCCAUGGUGACUGAGGAGGAGAUCAGAAGGGUUGAGUUAUUUUAGGUUCUGUCAUGUCUGUAAAAUCAGGUCAUGGUGAGAGAAGCCCUUGUACCUCUCAGCUAAUAGUACACUGAUAUAUUAAUGUCUAGUGUGGAUGAGGGGGUUUCAUCUAAAUUAACCCACUAUUCCUGAGGAUUUAACAUUAAAUUAUUUUAUUGGUUUGACUCCACCAGUGGGUUAAACUUAUCUAAUGAUGAUGGGUAUAAAGUAUAAACCAAAAUAGCUUAAUAUGGGUUCUCCCUUGGAGUGCUGCCUGUUUUAAUGAGAUUAGUGGUGCAUAACUGUGUUACGUCUCGAGAGGUUUCCUUAUUAAAGCUAGAAUCCUAAGUUGCUGUAUCCAUUUUGGACUUUGGUUCUUGAAGAUUUUAACUUAAAUGUCUCAUGAGCUUAGUUCAACUGUCGUACCUUAUCAGAACCCAAAAUAUAAGAUUGUUAUACGCCAAUAUUUGUAAACAAAGUAAAUGUAAACAAACACUGUUGCCUCCAAAACAUGGUCAAAACUAUAAUUGUGAUAUCAUAGAUGGUCAGUUCUUGCAUACAUAGCUCUGACUUUGAAUAUUUCUCCAGGUUCAUCCCUCAGCUGUUUACCGAAACACAGGCCGGUUGACCACUUUAUUUCAAUUAAGGAGUCCAGCUUUAAGAAUGCACACAGUUAGUUUUCAUUGUCUCAUAUUUCUUGUGUUUUCUUACCUAUAUUAUUAGUUUUAUUACGGCAUUGAUGGUAAAGAGCUUGCAAGUAAGCAUUUCACUGUACUGUUUUACACCUGCUGUAUCCUGUGCAAGUGACAAUCUUUGAAACAAGCACACACUCAGACUCAGACGCACACGCUCAGAAACACUCUGAAAAUGAGGGGGCCAGGCUAUUUUGCUGUUCCCCUUACAUCUCCCUCCUGUCCAUGGACAGGAGUUCAAGGGGCAUUGGGGGCCAGACCCCCUGCUUCCCAAAUGUUUUAAUUUUAGUCUACCUGGCUACCUAGCCUCUGUCAUGCUCCCAUCCUUCAAUUGAUAAUUGCCUGGAGCAGUCAUGUGACUGUCUCAUUCAACGCUGAUGUUUAAAUGUAGGCCCGUAGAUGGGCCUGGCCUGCUGUGCUGUCAAUGCAGUAUUUUUAUGGAGAAGAACAGAUUUUAGGUCUACAGUAUAAUUAUACUGUAGGCCUAGAUACCAAUUAUUGAAACGGUUUCCUUCGUCUCCUUUCUUUUAGCUUUUGUCCUCUAGGGAGAUGGUAAGUAAAGUAAGUAUAGCCAACUGAAAACACAGAAACAAUCAUGUUCUUUCUCAGUUGAGUCAGAAACAUAAUGUCCACUCCACCGGUGUUUCCAGCUAUUUUUAAUCUUAUGUUUGGGAAACACCUAGUCUCUGAUGCCACAUACCGUAUGUACAUUCUACAUAGUGUACAUGUAGAAUACUCGUGCUGAAUGGGGCCCUGAAGCAUUCCAGUGUAUGUGCUCUAUGAGCAGCAUACUGAGUCAGCUUAUUGAAUCACAUUCCACUCAGUUGAGUCUCUCCUCUAUCACACAGAUUAACUAAGGACAAGCCACACUAAUCUCAUUUAAUUUGGUCAUUUGUGGUGUUUGUGUGCCAUAUCUCUAUGCGAGUGGUUGUAUGCCAUGUGUGUGACCCUCACGGGACAGUUAUAAUAAGCCAUUGAGGCAGCCAAAUGAGCAGUGUGGGGAUGAAGAGAGGAGACUGGGUUUGACACUGGUCUAUUCAGGAAUGCUCGGUAGCUCGCAGAAUCCCCAUCUCUCGAAAACUCUCUCACACACACACACACACACACACAGAACAGUCCAGUCUCUUAUACUCUCACACACACCGAGCAAUCCAGUCACAUCCGCGUGCUCCGGAACAUUCUUUCACGUCAAUACAUCAGUUUCAGAAGAGUCCAAUCUCUCUCAGGAGAAAGAACCCCUGGAGAAGGAGAGAGAAACAGAGGAGAGGUGAGCAAGUGCUCCAUGGAGACAGCCUGGACACUGGGUCGAGCGUGAGUCAAAAAGCAAGAUUUUAAAAAGAGGGCGUGUGUGAUUCUUCUCCAACGACUCUACGUUUUCUUUUAUGGUGUGUAAACAUGAUCCUGCACUAGAACACUGUGUCCUGGGUAUUGAGUAACUCUCCAACCCUUGCACCCCUGCACUCCAAACCUCUGUGUUUUCCAAGUAUCCGGAUACAUCAGUCUGUCAGCUCCACCUGACAUAUGACAAGCCAUGUGUGUCUGAUGGGCAGCAGUAGCAGCAGCAGGCUGUUUGGUACCCUGGCCCAGACCCUGAACAGUGCUCCACUGGCCCAGCAGGACUACGACCCAGAGCACCAGGACUCAGACCAGGACCCGGAGGGCCUGGAGCAGGCCGACCCAGACCAGCUGCUCAGGGAGUGCGAGAAGAUCCUCCAGAACCGGCCGGCCCGGCCACACAGGGACCUGGUCUACCCUGUAGACCCUAAACACCAGCACCAAUACAGGAACAAUGAGCAACAGCAAACACCAUCUAUACGGGUCAUGACAUGGAACAUCCUAGCUCAAGCUCUAGGGGAGGGUAAGGAUGGCUUUGUGCAAUGUCCUCUGGAUGCUCUGAACUGGGCUGAGAGGAAGUACCUGAUCCUGGAAGAGAUCCUCACCUACCGCCCUGACAUCCUGUGUCUCCAGGAAGUGGACCACUACUACGACACCUUCCAGCCCAUCUUGGCCAGCCUGGGCUACCACAGCACAUUCCUUCCCAAGCCCUGGUCCCCCUGCCUGGAAGUGGCCAGCAACAACGGCCCUGAUGGCUGUGCGCUCUUCUACCGCCGUGCCCGCUUCAGCCUCCUCCACACCUCCCACCUGCGCCUCUCUGCCAUGAUGCUGCCUACCAAUCAGGUGGCCAUCGUGCAGACGCUGCGUUGCCGGGAGACGGGCCAGAGGCUGUGCGUGGCUGUGACCCACCUGAAGGCGAGGAGUGGCUGGGAGAGGCUGAGGGGGGCCCAAGGGGCUGACCUGCUGCAGAGCCUAAAGGCUAUCACCUCGAGGGCGGCUGGGUCAGACCCAGUCAGUAGGGGACCUGGGGGAGGGAGUGGGACAGAGGGGGUGCCUCUGCUAGUGUGUGGGGACUUUAACGCUGAGCCCUCAGAAGAUGUGUACAGGCGUUUUAUCUCCUCCCCCCUGGGUCUGGACUCCGCCUAUAAGCUGCUGAGUGCAGAUGGGCAGACGGAGCCGGCCUACACUACCUGGAAGAUCCGUCCAUCGGGGGAGAGCUGCAGUACCCUGGACUACAUCUGGUACUCUCACGGUGCUUUCACUGUGGACACUCUGCUGGACAUACCCACUGAGGAACAGAUAGGACCUGACCGCCUGCCCUCAUACCACUACCCCUCCGACCACCUCUCACUGCUCUGUGAUGUCAGCUUCAGGGAGCCACGGGAUCAACCUCAUAGGCUGAUGUAGGUUGCCUAUCCGAGGCUUCGUGCAAUAGGGUCCCAGUUCAGGACAGUCCUGGAAGAAUCGACUGGAUCAAACAACAUGUGGGAAUGUGAUACUGGAGAAGUGAAUGCUUAUUUUACUUGAACUGGUGCUGAAAUUUGAUUCUGCAGACUUUACACCAGAGAGUAGUUAUUUAUUCUUUAAACCAGUACUUGUUUUCUGUCAAGUGAGAUGUUAUCCCUCAUGAUCGUUUUUCUUCAUAUGAGGUGUAUAACUGGUUUAAAGUAAUUGGAGAAUAGGAUCCUAUAAAUACUGUAACUGCUAUUACUUUCAGUGCUGUGGCAACAAGAAUGCCAAUGAGCAUGUCAAAAUAAAAUACUUACAUUCUGA